AUGCGCAAGUUAGUAGGCUUACAUGGCAGGGUAGAGGACUGCACCGAAUUCUACAGCACCAUGGAGAAUCGAAUCAGUGUCAUUGUCGUCGGUGCCGGAUUCGGCGGGCUGACGACCGCUAUUGAAUGCAAAAGACAAGGGCUGUCUGUUGCUAUUUAUGAGGCCUUUGCAGAACUCAAGCCUCUGGGCGACGUGAUUUCUUUUGGUGCCAACGCUGGCAAGAUUCUACGACGAUGGAAAACAACCGCCGCCGACGACGAUGAGAGGGUAUCGAAUCUGUUUGAUCCACAUUCAAUAAAGUUGGAAAGAAACGGCUUCAACCUGCACAGAUCAAAUGGCCAGCUCGUAUUCAACCAGAGGAUGCCACCCAAGGAUCCUGAGGCACCAAUGUUUACUGGCCACCGAGCCGACUUUCACCAAAUUGUGUUCCAAUAUGCGUUGGACAUGGGAAUUCCCAUUCACCUCGGUCAGCGUUGCCAACAAUAUUUCGAAAGCAAGCAUGCGGCAGGCAUUCUACUCGAGUCCGGAGACAAGUUAACGGCCGACGUUGUGAUUGCGGCGGACGGGUUUCAUUCCAAAGCACGAGACUUCGUACUUGGACGUCACCUACAGCCAACCGCAUCUGGCCACAAAUGUUUCCGGAGUUGGUUCACCGGGGAAGAAAUAAUGGAAGACCCGGAGACGGCCAGGUUCUGCUCCAACGGGGACACAUUUACGGGCUGGAUUGGUCGCAAUGCCCACUUUCUCUUCUCCACGCUCAAGGAUGGCAAGGACUGCUCAUGGGCUAUUACAUACAAACCCGACCCUGAGGCUGAUCCUGUGGCUGCUUGCCCAUCUCUCGCGAGAAAGGAAAGAUUGUAUGACAUAUUCAAAAACUGGGAUCCCAUUUGCAAUCGCCUCAUAAGCAAGACCCCGGAAGAUAAAAUAUUGGAAUGGGACGGCGAGUAUCAUGACCCAUUGCCAACGUGGGUAAGCGAGGAGGGACGAAUUGCUCUCGUGGGCGAUUCUGCGCACCCCAUGCUCCCCACGAGCGCACAAGGAGCAGCGCAGGCAAUGGAGGACGGAGUGACUAUUGCGAUAUGUCUUCGUACCGCAGGCAAGGCAAACAUUUCUGCAGCGUUACGCGCCUAUCAAAAUAUCCGAUACGAACAGUCCCCCGAGAUGUCCGAUAUUUCUAGACAUGUUGAAUCCCUAGCCGGGCGUCUGCUCAUUCAGAAUGAUGUAGCUUCGAUGAAGAGGAUCACCGACGAAUUUGCCGACACGCGGCCGGCCGCGGAAACUGCCAAGAUACUUCGACAGGAUGAGGACGUAGGGGUCAUUGGCCAGGCUCUCUCGGCCGCCGAAAGCAACAAGGUGUCUGAUCAAGCUAUAGGGGCCGCUAAAGCUAUGGCAUUUCGUGUCUUCACAGAGCCUGGUAUCGAAGAGAUUGAGGGUUCUGAGGCAGAUGAAAGCCAUGGUGGAGGUCACGAGUGCGCGAUGGCAGUGGAAGCGGCACGGAGGGCAUUCGGCGUCUUCAAGACAAGUGAAGACGACCAAGAGUUAGUUGGAACUCUCGCGGUCCGGUAUCUUGCCAAAGUGGGAUAUGAGUGGCUUAACCUCAUGCUCGCGUAA